GAGUUUCCACGAACCAAUGUAUAUGUAGUGAAUGCGAAAGACAGUGUGAGCGUUAUCACGUAAUAAAUUGCACUAAACAGACCAAAUCUAUUACCAUGUAUGCCGCCGAAAAGUAAUUUCACGAUAUGUGCGAAUUUCCAUCAUUCUUGGCGCGCGAGGCUUUGUCUUCACGAUGAUAUAUCUCACGGUAUUUUCCAUCUUUCUCAGUCGUGCCGCAAAUUUUCGCAUGAUCACCAGCACUGCUCGAUACGGUCGCCAGCAGUUGCCAGAGAGUCGCAGAGUAUACCGGUUGCGAUCAUACGACACCUCGCGCGCCAAAAUAUCAAUCCUCCGAGCUGCUACGGCUGCUCCAGUGUCGACUGUCGAGCUGAAGCUGAACUACAUGCUGAACUAACUCGAGCAGGCGGCGAAUAUGACUACUUGUCAGGAUCCAGCUCCCACGUAAAAGUACUUGGAUGUGACAGUAACUUGUACUAGUAAUUGUCAGAUAUGAUCAACUCAGAAACAUUUAAAAAAGUUUGUAUGUUUUCCGCGAAAGGAAUUGGGUGGUUGCUCUACGCCGCAUUUCUAGAAUACUGCGUACAUAGCAUCACAAUGUAUUUUCUUCGAGAACCGAGGGACGAGAGUGAGGUUGAUACUGUUUUCUUCACAGAGAGAGACUACAACUGUUGGUCACAUAUUACCAUGCGAAAACCUUGCGGCCAAAAAUGUUCUUAUUCUAGGCUAAGGAAGAUUCUAGGAGUCAUGGAUAAAGCAAAACACUCCCUUGAUAUCUGCAUUUAUAGUGUGACAAGUUAUGAUUUUGCCCUGUGUAUUGUGGAUAUUCAUAAACAGGGUGUAAAAGUGAGACUUAUUACUGAUGGUUACAGAAUAAAGGGAACUGGUUCCCAGAUUAUGUACCUGGCCUCAGGAGGUAUUCCGAUUCGCAUUAUUCAAAGUGGGCGGGAAAUGCAUCACAAGUUCUUCAUGGUUGAUAGAGAGACCCUGGUUAACUGCUCUUUCAAUUGGACUAUGCAAGCUAUAACAGGAAAUUCAGAGGAUGCUGUUAUUACGAGUGAUAAAGUAAUAGUGGAGAAAUUUGUAGGCCAUUUUGAUGCCCUUUGGAACACGGCUAUACCAUUUGAGAAACCUGAAAAGGAAUUAACUGAUAAGGAAAUUGAUCAGAGCACUGAUGCUGCCCAGUCCAGCAUCUUGCAGCCAUCUUAAAAAGAAUGUUCUCCUACUUUUGCAAGAAAAAUGUCUUCUAAGUGUAGGUAGAAGUGUGUAUGAGGAACAAAACAUCUGUUGUGACAGCGGUCUCAUUCAACUGUGGAGCCUGAGACUUGGACUUGAACUUUCUCAACGUUACUGCCAAAUGAGCUUGUAUAGUGUAUUAAUCAAUAUAUUAUUCAUUUUUAAAUGGACCAUUAAACACAUUAAGCAUUGAAAUAAUUUCAUUUUUUCGCAAAAGAAACAUUGAAUAAAAAAUAAUUGAGACUUUAUA